UUUCCCCAUCGUAACAGUCCCACCGCGAGUUCGACUCGCGCUACUCGUCGCACAUCGGCGCGCUGUCAGUGAAUAGGCCCCGCACCUAAGAUAAGUCGAGUCGCGCGUGGGAAGCGACCCUUGCACCCCUUGCCAGCACACACCGUUCUCUGCCUCGCAUCCGAAGGGUGUCCAAGGGGUGUGACACAACCGGGGUCGUUGACCCUUUCGCUCAGGGUGUGAUGCGCGGGCCGAGUAGCGGAGCUGCGAUGGGAGAAGAAGGCGCUUAGCAACAAGAGGAUGCUCGACGAGAGCCUCCAGUUGGUGGACGGCCGCCCCAAGAGGCCGCCGCCCCUCGACAUCUCGCCCGCCAGACCAACCACCCUCGACCUGACCGACGCGUCCACCAGGUCUUCGUCCUCCUCCUCGCUCGCGCGCACCAUCGACCUCGGUUUUAACGACCUCUCGUACUCCGUCAAGAGUGGAAUCAGAAGGGAGUCGAAGGCGAUUCUCAAGGGUGUGAGUGGCCUCUUUCCAGCGGGGGAGCUUUCUGCAAUUAUGGGUGCCAGUGGGGCUGGAAAAAGCUCUCUCAUGAACGUCCUAGCUGGUUACACGACUGACGGCGUGACUGGGAGCAUCACAGUGAACGGCGCCGUCCGAGACACGGCCGUUUUUCGGCGCCACUCUUGCUACAUCAUGCAACAGGACCAACUUCAACCCCUGCUGACGGUGCAUGAGUCGAUGCACGUGGCGGCCGAGCUCAAGCUGGGACAAGAACUGAACAGGCAGAUGAAGCAGAGCUGGGUGGACGAGAUCCUCGACGCACUCGGACUGUCCGACAGCAAGGACACGCUUGCUGGUGAUCUCUCUGGUGGCCAGAGGAAGCGGCUGGCCAUCGCCCUCGAACUGGUCAACAACCCUCCGGUCAUGUUCUUCGACGAGCCCACAACUGGCUUGGACAGCUCUUCUUCAAAGCAGUGCAUGUCAUUGCUGAAGUCUCUGGCCCGCGGCGGCCGCACCAUCGUCAUUUCCAUCCACCAGCCGAGCGCCCUGAUCUUUGAAACCCUGGACCAGUUGUACGUGAUGGCGGAGGGCCGGUGUCUCUUCAGAGGCGAUCCGCGCCAGCUGCUGCCCUUUUUGAAGGACGCGGCCCAACUCGUGUGUCCUCAGUACCACAACCCUGCAGACUACAUCCUUGAGAUCUCAAUGGGAGACUUUGGAGCGUACAAUGAAAAACUCGUGGAGGCCAUUCAGAACGGAAAGUGCGAAAAGUGGAAGCGAGAAAUCUACGCUCCGACGCCAACUAUUUUCAAGUCGACAAUAAGCAGCGGCCUCACAACACCAGUCAGAGCGCCUUUGCUGCCCACGGGACCUUUGGCAAAAAUGAUAGGCAAACUCAGCAACGGCGCCCCCAUGUCUCUGGACAACAACUCAUCGCCCUGCACUGGCGGCUUUCCAGCGAAACCUUGGACGCAGUUUAUCAUUUUGACCAAGAGGAAUUUCUAUAGGCUCAAGAGGGAUAAAUUUUUAAUGAACAUGCGACUCUCAAUGCACCUACUGGUUGGACUGAUGAUUGGCGGGCUCUACUAUAACAUUGGAAACGAAGCCUCCAACGUCUUUGAUAAUUUUGGCCUCAUUUUUUACAGCGUGGUUUUCCUAAUGUUCACAUCACUACUUUCCAUGAUUGUCACUUUUCCUCUGGAAAUGCCAAUAGUGGCCAGGGAGCAUUUCAAUCGAUGGUAUUCUUUAAAAUGUUAUUAUUUGGCUGUGACACUCGCCGACAUUCCAAUUCAGAUUGCGUGUUCUUUAGGUUAUACGACCCUUGUCUACUUCCUGUCUGCGCAGCCUUACGAAGCCAGCAGAUUCUUGAUGUUCUCAACAAUGGGCCUCCUUGUGUCAUUUGUGGCUCAGAGCGUGGGCCAAAUGGUUGGUGCAGGACUCAGCGUUGAGAAUGGGGUGUUUUUUGGUCCCCUAACAAAUCUGCCGUGCACAAUUUUCUCCGGCUUCUUCAUCCACAUGAAAGACGCGCCGAAGGCAAUGCACUGGUUGUUUCACACGUCCUACCUCAAGUAUGGCCUGGAGGGCAUGAUGUUGGCCGUGUACGGCUAUGGACGCCAGAAGAUGGACUGUGAAGUCGAAUACUGCCACUUCCGGAAGCCGGCCAAGUUCCUCGAGGUGUUGGGCAUGGAGGGCGGCGAGUACUGGCUGGACGCUGGCGUCCUCCUGGCUCUUCUAGUCCUUAUCCGCUUUGCCACCUACUUUGUGCUCAAGUGGCGCCUCAAACAUGCUAGAAACUUUAUCUAACGUGAGAGAGACGAACAGUAGUUUUCUGUUGUGUGGGUUUUAAAUGACUGAUCUGUUUUUGGUCUGGAGGACAUUCACUAUCUAGCACAGGCUUAUAAUAUUUUUCGUUACCCAUUUUAAUAUAUGUCAGUAUUUUAACCACUGUUCUGUUUUCCAGAUGUACUGCAUUUUUUUUUUGCAGUCAGUGCAGUUUUUCAGGCUGAAAAAGAUCAAAUACAUAUAUUUUCUAUUUUAUUAUGAUAACUGUGUUAAGUACACGCAAAUCAGAGCCAUUUCUGUGAUUUUCUAUUAAAUGAAAUGAAAGGGAAAUUUUGAUGUGAGGAUGUGUGAAUCACAUUUCCUUCAAUAUUUAGGAUUCACAAUUGUAGUUUUUUUCUGGCUAGUAUUAAUAUUACCAGAAGUAUACGUGUAAAAAAAGCAUUAGAGACAAUCCUGAUAAUUAAAAAUUAUUAAAUUAAUUAACCUAAAAUAAAUAUUAGCCCAGCUGAAUGUUCCAAAUACAGAGCUUUGAAUGUACGCAAAUCAAAAUGCAAAAGAGCUGCCAAAUACGCCUUGCAUUAUUAGCAAGUAUCAAUCACAGUGUUAGAAAAUAAUACUCAAAAUCAUUGUUACUCUCUUAAUGUGUUCAAUGUGAGCAUGUUGAUUUACAGUCGUUUCCCCCUGGGACCACUUCACCUAAGUAUGAAAAACCUACGUAAUUGACACCUUGCUAUGCA